ACUUUUCUACGCGCCAUGUGUAAAAGUGUUCGCUUCUUUCUUUGCUGGAAGUAUUAGUUGUUUACUGUCUAUGAUCAGGAGUAAUUAUAAUGUUAAAUGUAUGCCAUCCUUAUGUCUUUACGUACUUUUUAAAACAUACUUCAAGUGAUUUGGAGACUCCGGUCUAGCUAAUCGCUGUUUUUACCUUGAAAAUUAAAGAUCACCAAUAGCAAUAUGUCCAACAAUAGUGGAUUAGAUAUAACAAAUUUGGAUGAUUUACGUGAUCCAUCGGGAAUCUUUUCACUCAUCGAAGUUGUUGGUAAAGGUACUUAUGGCAAUGUAUACAAGGGACGAUACACGCGAACUGGUCAGCUAGCUGCCAUCAAGGUUAUGCCAAUUACUGAAGAGGAUGAAGAAGAAAUUAAGCUGGAAAUUGAUACAUUAAAAAAGUUAUCGAAUCAUCGAAAUAUUGCUAGUUAUUAUGGUGCGUUUAUUAAAAAAUCUUCACCUCGUGAUCAUCUUUGGCUUGCUAUGGAAUAUUGUGGUGCUGGAUCAGUGGCUGAUUUAAUAAAAAGUACUCGCACGAAAUCACUCAAAGAAGAUUGGAUUGCUUAUAUUUGUCGAGAAAUUCUCCGAGGUCUUAUGCAUUUACAUGCAAAUCGUGUGAUUCAUCGAGACAUUAAAGGUCAAAAUGUAUUGCUCACUGAUAACGCUGAGGUGAAACUUGUCGAUUUUGGAGUGAGUGCACAACUAGAUAAAACAUUUGGUAAACGAAAUACAUUUAUUGGGACCCCGUACUGGAUGGCACCUGAAGUGAUUCAUUGCGAACAAGACUCAAGUUGUACAUAUGAUGCUCGUUCAGAUAUCUGGUCAUUGGGUAUAACAGCUUUAGAAAUGGCUGAAGGUCGACCACCAUUAUGUGAAAUGCAUCCAAUGCGUGCACUUUUCUUAAUUAUGCGUAACUCACCACCUCGAUUAAAACAAUCACCGAACGGAUCUAGACAUUGGACACCAAGAUUUCAUGAUUUUGUCAAUAAAUGUUUAACUAAAGAUUUCCAUAAACGUCCAAAUACAUCAGAAUUAUUUCGACAUGAAUUCAUUACAAAUUUACCAAAUGAACGACAAAUUAGAAUUCAACUCAAAGAUCAUAUAGACAGACAUAGACGAAAUAGGCAAACUGAAGAACAUGAAAAAAUUUAUGAAUAUGAAGGAAGUGAUGAAGAGGAGGAGGAGGAAACUAGUGCAGCUGUUAAAGGAGCUGCUGCCGCUGCUCUAGCUAUGUCAGCUGCUGUUAGUGGCAAUGGUCAAGCACAUCGUCUACCUAGUCAAAUUAGCCAUCAUCCACCUCAAUUUCGUCAACCAACGGAUAAACCUCCCCAUAAUCAAGUGCUUCGAACUAGUGGAGUUCCUGAUCAAAACGAAGUAGCAUCGUUUGUUUCACAACCAUCUGUAUCUGGAUUAAACUAUAGACAACAUGGACAUAUGAUACAAAGUGGGAAUAUUGUAAAUGAUAAUGUACCAGUGAAUGCUCGAUUUAUCUCACGAAAUCCUAUGUCAGUAGUUAAUAGGUUACCUGCUGUUACGCCACAAUCAAUGAUGCCGCAUAAUAGUCGGUUGCCAAGGUUAGAUGAAGGUGAGUCAGCAACUGUCAAUGCUAAGGAACCAGGUGAAAAUACACUUCGUCAAAAUUUCGCUCGUUUACAGGAACGUGAACACCAUCCAUCUGUAGGUGUUGCCCCUCAACGAUCUGCCAAUGGACGCCCACAAUCAUCUAGUCAUCACUUUCCUCAACAUUCACGACCUUUGAAUAGUAGUCGUGGACCACCGGCAUAUAAUCAGUCACAACAGCAAAUGCAUUCGAAUCAACCGAAACUGGGUGUCCUAGCUGCUGGGAGUCGUCUAGCUGACGCGGGUGGUUCAUCAUCUUACGCUGCUACUAAUACUACAGUCUCAGAUACACCUACAGAUAGCCAAUCUGUAACUAACAAUGAGGUUGUGUCCACGUCAUCGUCAGUUAAUAAUCCGGUCACUACACCCUUAUCAGUUAUUGGUGCAGUUGGUGAUAGUGGGCAACUUUCGCAUCAUUUUCCCCUACAACAUCAUAGAGCAUCUGUGCCAAAUCCUCCCAACUCUUUUCAUCCGACUGUUGUUACUUCUUGUUCCUCAUCGUCAUCACCAUCGAUAUUUUCAAAUGAUCAUUUGGGCAAUUUACUUAUUUCACCAUUUCGUGCAAAACUUGCCAAUCCUGGUCCACCACCCAUUCCACUUCAUCAGCAGGUUCGUAUUAAUAAUUGUGGAUUGAACGGGGGAUUACAUAAUGCUUCAGGAGUGCAACAUCAAACUGAUGAAGUGAAUAGUUCAUCUAGUAUAGUUGGCAUGGGUAACCCUGCUAGUUCUCGUCUUCAGCACAUUGUCGCACCGAAGUUUCCAUCAACCCGUCCAACAAGCCAGGCUGUACCACAUUUAGAUCUUCGUAAACCACCAUUAGAAUCAGCUUUACCCCAAUCAAUCAUCACAUCAACUAGUCCAGUUGCUAACCAACCCAAGUCAUCGGUAAACGCAAGUAUAUCGAGCCCUGUUAAUCGGUCUAGUGGAGCUGCAAUGGCUUUUGCUGUUACAACUAGUACUACCACCACCACGACUACGACAACAUCAGUGCCGACUAGUACAACAACAAUGACGACGGUGACGACAACAACAAGUGACGUUUUUAAUUCUAACUUUGCUCGUCAAUCAGCAACAUCAAAUUUACUAUCUGGAUUCAGCAAUCGAUCUCCAGCACACCAAAUAUCCUUACUUGGUGAAAAUGUUUCAACUAAGAACAUCACUACAACUGUCGCAAAUAACAGUACAUGUAUAAGUAAUAAUCAUAAAAUGCAUUCAAAUCAACCUGAACUUCGUUCACGUGCAAGUAAACAAUUGUCUAAUCGUCAAAAUUCAGGUGUUAUCCCCCAAAAAUUACAUCAUGCUCAUCAUUUACAUCAGCAAAACAAUCCAAAUCACAUAAGUAAAAAAUCUGAGAUAUCGCGUCUUGAGUAUGGAAAACGGAAUAACUUAUUAAAAUCAAUAGGAAAAGCAUCAUUAUUACCUGUUCUAAGUAGUUCUGGUGUUAGUAAUAGUAUUGUCAAUAAUAUUGUUACUAAAGUGGGCACUAUCUUGCCAACAUUACAAACAAAUAGUGAACCGACCAUUUCUUCGUCAUCACAUAUCGUUUCAUCUUCAUCUGCUUAUUUAUUAACUUCCUCUCCUUCAACGGUUGUUUCAUCAACAGAUAUAUCAUCUGAGCAUGUUAGUACGCAACAGUUCCAUAUUAAUUUAUUCCAAUGGCUUAAACAAACUCAGUUGAAUCCAUCGUCUGCAUCAUUAGUUUAUUUAAGAGAACAGCUCCGACAGAAUUUAUUCUCUCAGCGAUCGCAGGACCACCAACUACAACAAUCACAACAGCAUCAUGGAACUGAAUCAACUAUACCACUUCCUACAACAUUAAACUUAAUGACGAAAACAACAUUAACUACUACAUCAAAUAUUGUUCAUCACUUCCCAAGGCAACAACAAACAAAUGUAUUGAAUGUUUUCAGUCAUUCAGAUGAAACUGUACGAACUACUCAACCGUUAGUAGAUAAUGAUUGGUUUGGAUCUAAUGUUGACUUAAUAGAAGUAAAAAAUAAUGAUAAUAACAAUGACAAUUUAACUGCUGCUGAUUUAUCAUUUAUUCAGACUAUAACCUCUGAAUCAUUAUCAACAUCGCCAAAACCACCUCUAGGUCCAAGAUUAUUAAGGCGUAGACUACCAAAACCAAGACCAGAUGAGUUUAUUGUUGUUGAAGAAGAUGAUGACGAAGAAUUAGUCGAGAGCGAUCAAAAUCCCACUUCAACAUAUCAUUUUAACUUGGAUGAGAUCUCCCGCAUUUAUGACUCAUCUAUGUCUGUUAACUGGGAAAAAAUAGACUUUGUAAAAAAUGAACCAUCUCAACCUAUUACUGAAUGUAAUAACUGUUUAAAUGUAACUGAAGAGGAUAAUGAUAGUCAAACAAAGCCUGAAGAAAUGAUUAGUUUACAAUCGGAACUUGAUCAAUUAGCCGCACAAUUGACUAAUUUAGGCGCUGUUUCACCUAGCCCUCAUCGACAAAAUAAUCGAAAUCAGUUGAAUGGUAAAUCCGACACAAAAUCAAAUGAUAAACAACCAUCAUCAUCACAACAAAAACAACACUACCAGCAACAAAAAUCUUAUGAAAAUAAUAAUGUGAAAUCAUCAACAUCUAAUGAAUUAGUUACAUCAAUGGAAUCAGUAUGUGCGGUUGAAAAACGGAAUCGAUCUAGUUCACUUUCUUCAACAUCAUCAUCAUCUUCUUCUUCGUCAUCUACCACUAAUUCUUCUUCUAUAUCAUCUGAAUUUCACGGUAAUGAGGGUUCACCAGUACAUGUGGAAAAUAAACAUUCAACAAGCAACUCAUCUACAAUGAGUAGAUCUCAUUCUGUUGGUUCAAAUCAUGAAUAUCACACGUCAAGCACUUGUUCUUCAUCCUCUGCUUCUACUAUUUCUUCAUGUGAUUCUAAUCAACGUAAAAAUCAUGAAAAUGCGUGUCGAGUUAUACUGAAUGGAAAGCGACAUUCAGAAAUAGAUCCUCGUCGACUUACUGUUGUUGAGAAUGUUCGUGUGUUGAAUAACAAUAACAACCAAAUGAACCAUAAUACUAAUGUUGAUUCUAAUGAGCUUGAUGACUUAGAUAGAAUACAAAGAGAUCCAGUACAAUUCAUCGCUUCUAAUGAUGACCAGAUUGACGACUUUAACUAUGGAGCUUACAACAUACAGAAUGAUGAGGAAGAUGACGAGGACACUGGAGGCGGAGGAGAGGAAGAGGAGGAUGAAGAUGAAGGUGAUGUCAUCGUUGUUGAAGAAGAAGAAGAAAAUGGUGCUGAUCUAGAAGAGGCUGAACAGUUAAGGGCUACGUUAUCUAUUGUUCGUACACGUCAAAGAUCAUCAUGUGAUGAGUCGAUAAGAAAUGUUGAUGGUGAUGUUGGUAGUGCUGUCACAAAUGAAUCCUCAUGCUAUGUAGACGAUGGAACGUUGUCCAAUGCAGCAGUGAGAUGGCAUAAAGAGGGGACCUUUGACAAUGUGGUGCACUCAAUAAAUCUUAUGCCUAAUUCACCAAUUAUUCAGCCUCCACCGCUUCCUCCACGCUCUAAACGUCAUUCUUUUUACUUAGAAUCUCACUUUCCUAAACCUGUACACCGAACUGUUGUGGUUUCACCGCCAUGUCAUAUUUUAUUAGAGUUAGGUUCAUCCAAUCAGUCAAGACGUUAUUCUGCACCAGGUCUUUCAAUUUUAAAACCAUCAGAUGAAUUUGCCAAAGAAACUUUAUGCAGUUUAGCAUCGAUUAUUGAGUCUACAUCUGGGACAAUUGACCGAUCUGGAUCUAAUGUUAAUCCAUCAACUGGGAAUAAUAAUGUUAAAUACACUGUUUCAAAUGGUUAUCCAAACACAACUGAUCUGUCUUCAUGUACAGAUAAGGUGAAAGUUACAAGUUCAUCUCAAAAUGUUUCACAUAUUGGUGUCCCGCAUACAUCGUCAUCAAAAUUAAUUACAAAUGAAAAAGAAGGAUGUACAAAAAUACAAGAAACUCGAUCACCGUCACCACCACCACAUUCUACAGAUGCUACUUCUGCUGUUCUAGGCGGUCCGUAUAACAAGCCAUCAUAUCAACCAACUGAUAUAUGUACAAAUAUACCGACCAACCAACAUCCAUUAGGACAAUCCAACUUAGCUCAGAAAACGAGUCCACAAAUCUCUCCUCAGUCUGUAGUGAUUACAGACUCAAAUAAAGCACUUCCUAGUUCAGUUUGGUCAGUUCAAACAAACAAUAAUCUUGGUUCUCGAGUUUCAGAGCCAAGUCCACGUGGAGGUCAAAAAUCGAGAACCCAGUUAGAUAUACAACUUUCACAGUCAAGUUCUAAUCCUUCAUCAUCUAGCAACAGUGGUGGUUUAAUCAAAUCAAUCGCUUUGCCUAAUUCAUUAUGUGGUAAUUUAUUGAAUUUUAAUUUACCAUCAAUUAGUACGAUAACAAGUACAGUUAUUACAACUGGUUCAUAUUUAUUACCUACAAGUAUUAGCGGUGGUGCUGGUUGUAUAUCAACUGCUUCAAAUAAUAUUUCAACAACAAAUUCUAGUUUAAAUAACAAUGAUACACCGGAAAUACAAGUUUAUAAAAAACGUUUUAAUUCGGAAAUUUUGUGUGCAUCUAUGUGGGGUGUAAAUUUACUGAUUGGUCUUGAAACGGGUCUUUCUUUAUUAGAUCGUAGUGGUGAAGGUCGUGUUUAUUCUUUAAUUACAAGACGAAGAUUUUCAAGGAUGGCUGUUUUAGAAGGUCAGAAUAUUUUAGUUACUAUAUCUGGACGUAAAAAUCGUGUACGCGUCUACUAUUUAUCUUGGCUUCGUAGUAAAAUUAUGAAAACGGAAGGAUGUGACAAGAAGAAUGGUUGGGUUAAUGUCGGUGAAAAUUUACAAGGUGCUGUACAUUUUAAAAUUGUAAAAUAUGAAAAAAUUAAAUUCCUUGUCAUCGCAUUGAGAGAUUCUGUAGAGAUUUAUGCUUGGGCACCUCGUCCAUAUCAUAAAUUUAUGGCUUUCAAAAGAUUCUCUGAACUCAAACAUCGGCCAUUAUUGGUAGAUUUAACUGUUGAAGAAAACACCCGUUUAAAAGUUGUAUAUGGUUCAUCAGAUGGUUUUCAUGCUAUUGACUUGGAUUCAAAUAUAGUAUUCGACUUAUAUAUGCCUUCUUUGAUUAAUUCACAUAUUACUCCUCAUUGUAUAGUAGUACUUCCUAAUACAGGUGGUAUGCAGUUACUUUUAUGCUACGACACUGAAGGUGUUUAUGUAGAUACUAAUGGAAAACUAACAAAAAAUAUCGUUAUCCAGUGGGGUGAAGUUCCAACUUGUGUAGCCUAUAUAUCUACCGGUCAAUUACUUGGUUGGGGUUUAAAAGCUAUUGAAGUUAGAUCUGCUGAAACUGGACACUUAGAUGGAGUAUUCAUGCACAAACGUGAACAGAAAUUCAAAUUUCUUUGUGAACGUAAUGAUAAGGUAUUUUUCUCGAAUACACGGUCUGGGCCACCCCAAGUAUCUAUGAUGACCCUUAGUGGUAUACACUGGUAAUAAAUUAACUUGACUUUUCAUGUCUACAGUUUUUCUUGAUGAUUUUUAAACUGAGCACCACCAACACCACUACUACGCAUCCUGACACCCAUACAAUACAGAGAAAUCAAUAUCUUAAUAUUAUUUAACUAAUGCAAAAUUACUACUAUACUUUAAUUUAAUGUCUGACAAUGCAUUUCUGUUUGAAUGUAUUGUUGUAAUGGUAAAUGACAGUGAUUCUAAGUAAGAAGAAAUGAUAACUUUCCAACAAAUUUAUCUCAUUUUAGUCUAUAGCAUUGUCCAAAUAAACGUGCAAAAACAUUUUCUCUCCUAAUUUUAUGCAUAAUUUACAGUUUUCUUCCAAAUGACCUUUAUUUGCGCAUUUUCUUUGGAUUGUGUACAUUAUCGUUGCUAAUAUUAACCCGCAUGAAUGGAUAUCAAUUUUGAAAUGUUCUACAUAUUCAUUAUUAUUUGCCAGUAAAUAAAAACACUACACAACGUAUCCUAAUCUGUGCUAUGUAUGUGAUGAAAGCUUAUUCUUUAUUAAUCUUUUUUUUCUUCUUAUUCAGUACUAUGUUAUAUAUACAAAUGACUUUAGGAAAAUUUGAUUUGUAGUUGUGAAUUGUUUUAGAAAUUUUUACUUCGAAUUGUAACAAUAACCUCAAUUCCUUUCCUCCUAUAUUAUAUUGAACUACUUUGAUAUAUCCAUCUUUCUAGGUGCAUAUAUGACCAUAUAUUCUUAACUGUAUCAGUUUUGGUUAGUGCUAUUCAUUUCCUAUUCAUAUUAUCUAGAGGUUAUUAGAAUUUGACAUAUACGUUAUUGUUAUCAAUCAAUCAUUCGUUUAUCUACUGCUCUCAGAUAAUAGUAUGGAUAAUCUUGCUUAACGAAUAUUCACUUCUCCUUUAAGUUUUACACAUUUUUCACUAUUAUUUUCAAUCCAUGAGGGAUGAUGAUAGGUUUGUUACACACAAAUAAAUAUUUAGCAUGUUUUGCUCCUUUCAGUGUUUCUUAAUUUGAACUCUUGAUAACAGUUUUCAUUUCUUCUUAUUUUUUUUAAAACAAAGUUGUUCAUGCUUAUUAUCCUAUUUGUCUCGUUUGUAUUAUUGUUAACAUUCAGUAUUUAAAUGAAUUGUAUGAAUAAAUUUUAUAUAUGCGAGGUAGUGUGAGAGCAAAGCAAAUGAUUCACAUACUGAAGAGGUUUCUUUGUGUACUUUUUCGUUGGAAGGGAUUUUGCAUCAAUCAACAAGAAAUAAGAUCUAUUAGCUCAG